AUGUCUACUCCAGUACUUGCAAAGUCAGCGCAUGAUAUCAAUUGCCGACUCUCAUUCGAAGACAAUUACAGCCAAGUCAGCACGAGCAGUAUUGCCACCACCACGACUACAAGGAGCAGUAGUAAUGGUAGCUAUACUGGCACUAUCAAUCGAUCUCACAGUACGCAUUCGCCUGCUCUUCAUCGAAGAAUACACAGAAAACCCGUUCCUGUGACGAAGGUUACACCUCAUGCAAAAGAUUAUGCAUGCGCUGAAACAGCAUAUCCUAGUCGAACCAAAGUCCCCAAGCAUAUAAAUUCUACUCCCCCUGAAGCUUACGAAAAAAGGCCCAAAAGAUAUCCUUACGAUGAUCAAUUCAUACGUAACUCACCUACUCAGUCCAUUCAGUCUCCUGUAACUAUUACAACCACAACUCCGACUUCAGCCAGAACACUGACACCAACUUUUUGGUAUCCUCGAACUGGAAGAGAAAACGAGCCGUUAAAGAGAAACAUCACUAAAAAGAUUCGAGGCUUACUUCAGCCUCAUCGCACUCAAUUAGAAGAAGCAUCAAGUGAACAGCAUAAGCAAGACUAUCAAAUCAGCCUGCGUAGGUCUAGCACACCAGAGCCACAACAUGAUCGUGACAGUACUCCUUUCCACAUGUUGAGGCAUACUCGAAACAUUGCCGACAAGACUGGACUUCAGUUCCACGAGUCUGAUUUUAUUCAAAUAGACACCUAUGCGUCAACCGUACAACAAAGGGGACCACUCCUGACACCAGCUAUUCUCUCUCAAAAAUUCCUUGUCAGACCAUACCGUCGAGAGCUAUUCAGAUUGCGCGCUCUAUUCAUAUGGAUUAUCCAAAACAUCAGGCCCGAGUAUCACCAGAAGAGAACUGACCUGCUUCUGUUGCAAAAACAGCAGAACUAUUUGGCACAGUACUAUCAUCGACAGACAGAGAAACCGUCAUUGUUGAAACAAAGGCUGAGCAGAAUUGCUCACUCUGCAGAGGAAGAAGAUGAACCACCGAUAAUCAAUCGAUUGGACUCAAUGGGACUGCUUCAAGAGGAAGCUGUCUUGUUAUCAAACUAUAUGAAUGAAGCAGCUGAACAAGUUCUUAAGAAAAGGACCUGCAAGUCAGCAUUUGGCAUGGCUCGUUUGUUUGUCGAUAUGGUGAUCGCAGCGGGGUUUGAAGACGCUCGCGUGAUAUAUGGGUAUUUAAAAGCUCCAAUGGAUACUAUAGAUAAAGCCGAACAACCGCUUCCUGUCAAUCAUGCUUGGUGUGCAGUGAAAAUUGAAGGAGAAUAUAGGUUUGUCGAUUGUUGGCUGGCAUCGCCAUUCCAUCCUCACAAUGAUAACAAGAUGGAGCCGCAUUGGUUCUUGACUUUGCCUCUCGAUAUGGUCAUGACUCAUUUACCAGAACAGAAGAAAUAUCAAUACAUCUCUCCCUCUAUAACGCCUUACGCCUUCUUCAGUCUGCCAUAUAUUCGAAAUACAUUCUUUUGGCACAGACUGCGUGUACUGAAAUACCAUGUACACCAAUCAUCAGAGGAUCAAGAUGGUAUAUUUUAUCUAAGUAUGAAGGUACAGCCGAAUAUAAGCUGCUACGCAGAGAUCGAGGCAGACGAUGGCAGUACUGCUAGAGGUUUGGCACAGUGCUUGACAGACGACAGAAACAGCCGCAUAUGUAAGGUCAAGGCCGUCUUGCCCUCUCACCAAACCGGCGGUUGGUUAAAGGUUUAUGCUGGACCGAAAAUCAUACCAUCGAACAAUGCAGCAAUUCAGCAAGAUGUUGUCUGUAAAACUCAUUUUUCAUUAGCCAUGUGUGUCCGAGUCACAUCCGAACGACAGUGCUCACCCUUUGACUUUGUUAAACUCUAUGCCGAUUAUAAUGAGUUUUACGUUCAAGAACCGCAAUGCUACCAACUUUAUCCGCUCCAGACCUAUCAUUUCUGUAUUAGAGGGGCUAGAUCAGACUACAAGGCAGUUCAUCAUAAACUGGCCAUUAAGAGUCCCAAUGGAAAGCUUUACAAACUGAUGUAUCAACCUCAAGAUCAAACGUAUGAAGGAACAGUGACUGUAUCUGUAGCAGGUAAAUGGUUUCUUAUAUGCUUAUUACAUCACACUGGUGGCUGGUACACAGUAGCUGAGUGGUCCUGCUCAAUACCUUGA